AUGGUGAAAACAGUGAUUUCAAAACCAAUAUUGAGUUAUACAGAACAAAGUUGUUCCACAAGUAUUAUACAUAAAGGAACAAAAGAUAAUCCUAAGAAAACCACGCAAUCUGCCGACCACUUCUACUGUAAAACACCAAAUAAUGAAAUUUGCAAAAGUUGUGGAGAUUGUGAUCAAGUAAAUCGUCAAAAUUCUACAAAAGGACGCAACAUGAUAUUUAAAAAUCCUCAUCCUCAGAAACCAACUUCACAAAUUAAACAAAACAAACAUACAAAUAAAAAAUAUGACAUACAUCAAUAUUAUAGAAAUGAAAAUUAUAAAUCAUGUGAUUCUUUGAAUGAUAUAAGAAAAGUAUCCUUAAAAACGAUUUUGGAACAACCCGAGAAAGUAUCAAGUUCAGAAAACAGCAUCUUUCAAGUAUGUCCAGAUUCUGAUGAAGAAGUAACUUUGAUGGACCUAAAUAAAGAUGAAAAUAUACAAAACAUAAAAGAAUUUAGGAAAAACAAUUAUUUUGAAUGCCAUUCAGCCAAAUCCAGACUAUAUAGUAAGGGUAGUGUUACCAGCUUAAGUGAUCAUAAAUGUGCAUAUAGAUUUUAUUUAAACGAUAGAUUAUUUCCCGUCCCUAUAAAUACAGAUCACCAAAACAAUGUACGCUGUAUAGAAUGUCAUCUACCAAUGAAAAAUAAUUCUGAACCAAAAGGCAUGAUACAAGCUAAAGUAAAAUUAAAUAAUAAACUCCAAGAUAUGUUAUUAAUGUUGCCAGUUCAAAAUUCUGUAAUAAUAAAGGAGAGAAGGAGACGAGAGAUUAAAAAUGAUGAUUGCAUAUACUUUGGUAUAGUUAAAUUAGAUCUAAACGGAGAUUCUAUUUUUAAAAGAACUUUGCCAGAAGAUUCUUUAGCGUUAAGAUAUCAAAAAGGGUAUAGAGAACAUGCCACUAGAGAAAAAUAUGAAUAUGAAAAAAUUGCUAAAGAUGAUGUCAUAAUAAUU